CUCGGCCGACGGCAAUGGCGCGAAGGGCGUGGCGAUGUCCGCGACGCUCGUGCUGUUCGGAGGGUCGACGACAGGGAUGCUCGCGUGGGUGUCCGGCACCUACGUCCUCGGCAUGAGGGCCUUGCCGGGCAAGAAGGUUGCCAUCGACACGCCGACCUUGCUCGGCGGCGUCCACACCACUGAGUGUGACUGGAGCGAGAUCGGGCGGCCCGGCUCAUACCACCCGUUCUCAACCUUUGGGGCCAAGGGCGCCGUCUUCUGGCUCGACGAGGACGGCACGCUCGUCGACCCGCAGGUGUUGCAAAAGAUCGAGGCUGCGCUCAACCGAGACUACUGAGAGGGGUGGCUCGCGGAUGCGCGUUCGGUGAGAUUGCACGUGCUCUUCCGAGGGCCAACCGCACACGCGCGCGAGAGUGCAGAUUGUUGUGGUGUGUGGGGCAGACUCCGAUAGCGAUAGCCGCGUGCCUGGCCGCACCCUUGAUGUCUCCUCACUCCUGUCUGCACGCGAACCUCCAUCCCGACGCACUCUAGUAGAGAUCCGAGCCCCGAGCCGGCGCGGGUGGCUCUCUGAGCUCCACGCACUCUCUUCUUUUUGCUGUCAAGUCCUUGCAAAUUUCAA